UGUCUGUUUCCGAAGACGCGAAAUGCAGAAGAUUAUCUCAUCACCACCAUCCCGAAAUAAAGUAACCUCAAACCACAACUUCUUUGCAUCUCACACAACACUCUCUCUCUCUCUCUCUCUCUCCUCUCUCUUCUCUCUCUGCGUUUCACUGCAGAACCAAAACAAGCUCCGGAGAAACCGCAACAAAAAAAGAAAAAAACACACAAACUUAACCCAAAACUGUAACCCCAGUAUGCCAUGCUUCACACCACACCAUUCUCUUCUCCUCCUCCUUCUCUCUAUUUUCUUCUUCUCUCUCUCCGUCACCGCUGCAAGAACCUCUUCUUUCCAUUCCUUACGUAUUCAAGAUGGAAUUGAGGGUGGUGGCGAGGGAGAGCACUACCACGAGGUGCUACCGUGGAAAACGAGGAGAUCCAUGGCUGAAGAAGAGGCCACGAGCAACGCCUCUCUGAUAUUGGCUCAGAAAAGAACCACAAGGAAGGACCCUUUGGAUAACUUCAACCGUUACACCGGUGGUUGGAACAUCAGCAAUCGCCACUACAUUGCUUCAGUUGUUUUCACCGCGGUUCCCUUCUUUGUUGUUGCUGCGGUCUGGUUUGUGGUUUUUGGACUCAGUUUAUCCUUAAUCUGCUUGUGUUACUGCUGUUGUCCAAGAGAGCCUUAUGGUUAUUCACGUUUGGCCUAUGCUUUGUCCUUGAUCUUCCUCAUUCUCUUCACCCUUGCAGCAAUAGUCGGAUGUGUUCUUCUAUACACUGCUCAGGGGAAGUUUCAUGGGAGCACCACAAGCACACUUAAAUAUGUGGUGAGUCAGGCUGACUUCACUGCUGAAAACCUCAGGAAUGUUUCACAUUAUCUUGAUGCAGCUCAGAAGAUUGGAGUCGAUGCGGUUUUUUUACCAGGUGAUGUUCAGAAGAACAUUGAUGAAGUUCAGACAAAGAUUAAUUCUUCUGCUGCAGAACUUUCCAGCAAGACUAAAGAAAAUUCAGAGACAAUUAAAGAUGUCAUAGAUGCAAUGCGACUGGCUCUGGUUAUUGUUGCUGCUGUUAUGCUCUUUCUUGCAUUUCUCGGAUUCUUAUUUUCAAUAUUUGGGCUGCAAGGUCUUGUAUACUUUUUGGUUAUUGUCGGGUGGAUUCUUGUUGCUGGCACAUUUAUACUUUGUGGUGUAUUUCUCUUUCUUCACAAUGUCGUUGCAGAUACAUGUGUUGCCAUGGAUGGCUGGGUGCAGAACCCUACUGCACAUACAGCCUUGGAUGAAAUUCUUCCAUGUGUGGAUAAUGCAACUGCCCAAGAAACCUUGUUACGAACCAGGGAUGUGACACACCAACUUGUUAACUUAGUUGACAACAUUGUUUCCAAUGUCACAAAUAGAAAUCUCCCGCCUGCUGCUGUACCCUUGUAUUACAAUCAAUCAGGCCCCUUGAUGCCUCGUCUGUGCAAUCCAUUUAACAGUGAUCUCACAAAUCGGUCAUGUGCAGAUGGGGAAGUUUCAUUGGACAACGCUGCUGAGGUGUGGAAGAACUAUACUUGUGAGGUUUCUUCCUCAGGCAUUUGCAAGACGCCUGGUCGGAUGACCCCGACCAUUUAUGGCCAAAUGGAGGCUGCAGUGAAUGUAAGCUAUGGCUUAUAUCAUUAUGGUCCAUUCUUGGUUGAUCUACAAGACUGCACUUUCGUGCGGAAAACAUUCACAGACAUCAGCAAUGAUCACUGCCCUGGUCUGCAGAGAAACAGUCAAUUGAUUUAUAUUGGAUUGGUUUUGGUAUCAGCUGCUGUAAUGCUGUCUUUGAUCUUUUGGGUCAUCUACGCAAGAGAGCGGCGGCACCGUGUUUAUACUAAACAGUUCAUUGAGGGCUAAAUGUGUUGGGACUUAAACUACAUUAUGGUUCUCAUGUAUAUUUGAGUUAUAGAUUGUAUUCCGAGCUGGGUUUGUGAUGUAGAGUUAUUCAUCUUACAAAAUACCUAUAUACUUGAGUAGAUAUAUAUUGAAGUAUUCAGGGAAACAGUUUUAUAUGGUGCAAAAAGUAUUGGUGUGUUUUUUAUAUCAAUUUUUUUAUUUAAAAAACACAUUGAGAUUGAUUCGGA